GACGCGAACAAACGAGGUUCAUUUCUGAACAAAACCGAUCGUUUCUCGAAGGAAAAGGUAUUCAGUGUUCCAGGACCAAAUUCAUACAAUUCUGUGCCAAGAGCUGUGCAGAACGCAUUAGCCGCUAAACAUGCAAGCGAGGAUCGAUACACGAUACUAUUGAAGAAACUAGAAGACUUGGAAAAAGUACACGCUGAUGGUAAGAAGGCGCAUCAAACCGAAAUCGAACGCUAUAAAUUCGAAGUUGCUCGUCUUUCGAAGACCAGCUUGGAGCAGGGCGAGAGAUUGGACAAGCUCAAGAAACAUAACGAAAUACUCGAAUCGCGAAUCCAAGAGUACAAGAAGAACAAUGCUGCUGAUCAAACCGAGCUGAAGGAGCUACGUGUCAAACUUCGCACGUCCGAACAUGAGCGCACACAGCUUGUCAGCAAGCAGGGGGAGAGCAGCGAGACGAAGAAAGCACUGCAGAGUCUCGAGGCAAGGAGGAAAGACGAAAUUCAGGAACGUGAGAGGAAGAUUGCAGAAUUAGAAAAGACUGUAUCUGCAGAGAGGAAGAAGAGAGAUAUUUUGGAAAGCUGUGUCAAUGAGGCGAAAGGAAAGGCGGAUGAAGAAGCACGGAAAUCACGCGACAUGAUGAUAACAAUCCAAGCAAAGCUUGACACGGCUAAUAAGGACUGCCAACAUGCUCGCCAAACACUUACAUCUCUGCGAGGGAGAACCGAGAACCAAGAGAACGAUUUUGCAGCUCGACUGGACCAAUGCCGUUCCGUCCUUUCUCGUGUCGCGGAGGAGUAUGGUCGCUUGGCCACAACAAGCGUCGCUGCAUCAAGUCAUACCACACUUGUGAAGGACCAUACCGCACUUCAAUUACGUGCAUUCCGGUUGGAACGAAAACUAGCAAACUCAGAAGGUCAAGUUGUUGAGCUCGCCAAUCUUGUCCGCCACACUCAGGAAGAAAAUACGCUCUUGUGUCAAGAACUGUGCGACACUCGGGAAGAAGCGGCUUUCCACUUGCAAACCUUGCAGGAGAAUCAAGCUGUCCUCGGUUGCUGCUCUCACUGCACUGCGCUUCGUGAACUCCUUUGUCUGGAGGGAGACAUCGACCAGGGCGAAACAGACAUAUCUAAAGAAACCAUAGCGGUCCAGGAAAGUGCUCUGGCGUGCACUAGGACUAUAUCCGAUUUCUAUCGCUCUCAUAUUGACGAGCUACUUUCAGAGUGUUCUUGCCUUCAGGGCAUUCUCGAGAAGCAGCAUGAAAUUGACCGUGCACUCAUCGACCAACUUGGUCGUAACUCAGUCGAAGUGGAUAUUGUACGGGCUGAGCUCACCAAAGCACAGGUUGAAAUCACCACCGGACAGCGCGCUCUGACUGACGCCCAAAAUUCUUUGACGGAAGGCCGUGCAGAACAACAUAUGUUGCAGCGUCGAGUAGAAGAAUUCGAGAAUAGUAUGCGAGACAUGGCGACGAGCCACACACAAGCUUUACAGAGGGAGCGCGACACUUCUCAGAAGUUGUCCGUUGCACUCCAUGUCAGCAAGACGGCUGAGGACGCUCUCAAGGCUGAUAUCGAGCAGUUGCAGGCAGAGCUGGCAGAUUUGUCACGUUUCCAGGAAGCAUACUAUAACUUGGUGGAUGAGACUGAAGCACUAGUGGCGAGAAACAACCUUGCAGAGGAGGAGGCCGAAAAUCUCAGCAAGUUUAAUGCUGAAAUUCUUGGCCAUAAAAAUCCUGUUCAGAGGAUUUUAUACGUCGACAGGAUUCGUCGGGAGCUCUCCGAGGUCAAGCAGAAACUACUCGUGUGUAUCCGCGACCGGGACGCCAUAUCUGCAGCGAACGAAGACUUGUUGCAUGAAAUCAUGAUGUACAAGUCCGUCGCGGUUCCAGGAGAUAGCAAGCCUCGGACGAAUUUAACCCGUGUGACACGACCUCCCCUCAUAAGCCAGAGCAUGAAUAUCGUGGCAGCGACUUCCAUCCCGCCUUGUGUUGCAUCAGAUGCACUAAUUAAAGCAACCGUUCUAGAACACAUACCAGGAGAUAUGACUUUGGAUGAACUGAUAUAA